GAAAAAAUGAAAUGUUUAAAAGCACAAACAAAAAUGGUUAAUGGCAUAGUUAUUCAUUUGCACUGAUUUACAUCAAACUAAAAAUUCAUAAUGGUUUUCUUGAGAGGAUUAUUCAUUUUGGCAACAUGUCUUGUUCUUGUGCAAUGUUCAACAGUAAAAAAACCAAAGGACAAAGUUGAAACGACCACAAGCAAACCAAAUUCAUUGCCUUCCGAAGUCAAACCUGCCAAUACAACAACUCCAUGCACAUGUGGUGUCUUUUUGACAAAUCAAUUUGUUAAGGGUUCCGAUGAACAACCUAAAGGAGAUCCAGCUAUGAUUCAAGAAGUCAACAAAGUAUUCCCUUGCAACGUUAUUGGACAGAAGCAAUGCCAAACUAAAUGCUUAGAAUCUAUUGUUGCUCAUCUUCCUAAUUCUGCAACAGUGUUGUGUGCAACACUUGGCAGAGAUAUUCACAAGCAACGCGCAUUCCUCUUUAUCAAGAACUGCAAAGACACUUGGAUCAAUACCAAUAUAGCCGCUGGAAAGGAAUAUUGCUGCAAGGAUGGAGUCUCAUACCAAUGUCCAUUGGUUUAGGAAAGGUGUUACCAAAUGAUUGUUGAUUUAUAUUGUUAUUGAAAUGGUUUAAGGAAUAUUGUUUAAAUUCACAUUAAAAUAAAUAUUUGUUUAUGAUAAAAUAAAAAUGAAGAUGUGGUUAGUUUC